ACCCCUUGUGCUCCAAAAAAAACAAUUCAUAAAGUUUGUGCUUUCUAUUUUACUUUAGGAAAUGCAUCUGUGAAAUACAGAUCACAACUAAGUCACAUUUAUUUGUGUGUUCUAGUAAAAUACAAACUUUUGCAGACAAAAUACAGUUAUAGUGACAUACUAUAACCUUUAAUAAAUGACCUAAAAGUGUUGUUCACAGAUGGUAUUCAAGUAACAGUAAAUGGUGAAACUAGACAUUUUUGUGGAGCUGUAGUAACUAUAUCAGGGGACAACCUUUCAUCUCAUGCUUUGGCAGGAUUUAAACGUUCAUUUAACUGUGGGCGUAUAUGCAGAUUUUGCAUGAUAUUGCAUGAAGAGAUUUCAGACAAGUACUCUGAGGAUGAUUUGAUAAUUCGAGCAUCUGAUGCUCACAGAUCACAUUUGCAUUCACGGGAGGUUAAUGCAGAAGUUGCCAGUAUAGCGUAUGGAGUUGUUGCUGAAUGUACGUUUGAACAGCUACCGUAUUUUGACACUACAACUUCUUUCCCUCCAGAUGUUAUGCAUGAUAUCCUUGAAGGAGUUAUUCCAUUACUUUUACGACAACUUUUGCUCACGUUGCAUUCAAGACAAAUUGUUUCUGUUCAAAACAUUAACACUGAACUUGAUUUAUUUUCCUUUGGACAAAAUGACAAGAAAGGAAAGCCAGUUAAAUUGUCAUUAAAGCAUUUAAAUGCUGGUACUUUUCCUGGCACUGCCAUUCAAAAAUGGUGCAUGUUUAAAUUUCUUCCAUUUCUAAUUGGCCAUUUUGUCCCAACAGAAGAUGAACACUGGCAGCACUACCUUCUGUUUCGUGAAAUAGUAGACUUUGUAAUGUCUCCUGUUGUGAAAAAGUCGUCACUUUCACAUUUGCAGAUUUUAAUUGGAGAAUUUCUCAGUGAAUUUAAUAGACUGUAUCCUGGUAAUUUUAUACCAAAAUUGCAUUACUUGGUACACUACCCCAGAUUGCUAGCUGAAUUUGGACCACUUCGAUCACUUUGGUGCUUACGUUUUGAAGGAAAGCACCAGUACUUUAAGUGGCUUGCAAGAAAUGUGUGCAACUUCCGGAACAUCUGCUUUACUUUAGCAAAAAGACAUCAACAAAGACAGUGUUGGGAUUUUUGUUGUGCAGAUGCUUUGCAUCAGUCAUAUGAGCAAGAAGGGUCUUGUGUUGUUCAGCUAUCAUCUACAUCUUUGAAAGACAUUAUUCUUGAAAAAUGCAAUAUUCAAGCCAGUGAACUUGAAGCUGAUGAAACCAUACUGAAAGUAAAGAAACUAACUGUGGAUCACGUGAAAUACGAAGUCAAGGAUUACUUCAUUGUCGAUGUAGUCCAUGAGGAUUUACCCAUUUUUUUCAAAAUCUUGCAUAUCAUUCAGUUUAGGUGUACAUGGAUUUUGUGUGGGAAACUGUAUUUUGCUCUGGAAUUUAAUUCUCACCUUCAUGCCUUCAAAAUAGAGGCUUUACAUGAGUGGUGUACAUUAACACCUGGCAAUGAAGUUGACUACCAUGCACUCGAUGCUUAUGAAGACAGUGAUGGAUGUUUAUAUAUUGCACCUCAUCAUACUGUGUAUAAGGUGAAGAAAUAGAUGGUGAGACUCUUUUAGGUCUGACAGAACAUAUGAUUGGAAAAAUCUUCCGAACUAUGAAGGACCAAGUCAAAUUUUUAAAGGCUCUCGAGAACCUUAAAAG